AAAAAGGAAAGCCAUAUUGAAUUAAAAAUCCAUGUACACGACUUUGGCAGGCAGCCUUCGAUAUUCUAGGGUAAUACUAGAACCUGGACGUUUAUCCUCAUAGAUUAUUUCAAUUGUCCACUACCACCGGUGAGCCAAUAAAACACCAUCUACAGGAUCGCCUGGGGAAGCCUUGAGGAUGCCCCUCAGUGAUUCAGAUGCAGAAAGUGGGUAUGGCGAAGACGCCAACACGACACAGGAAAAAGGCCCUGAGCAAAAUCUAUCUUUAGCUCCAGAGGAAGUGACUUCAAUGACACUAGACACAAAUCCUGGGCUAAUGACCGACCAACAAUUUCCCGCUCUUCUAGUUAUACCUGAAAACGACAUCAAUACACCGUUUCCUGCCCAAUGGCCCUAUUCAUCAAUAACGAAGGCGAAACUGUAUCAAGCUGCUCUUUCGUAUGUCUGUCAUUUCAAAAGACCUUUACAUAUGACUUAUUUAGGCAGAAGAGCGCAAGUUCCGGACCUACUUCUUGCCAUUACAACGGCUGGUUCAAAUGUCACAACUGGGAAAAUAGAGAAGUGUGUGAAAUCUGAAACAAAUGAUGUUGCUACUGCAAACGCUGAUUGCCAAAAUGAAGAGGAUACCACUGAAAAGCGUAACUCUGAAGAUGUGAACAUUGAUGUAGCUAUUGAAGAGUCCAACGCCAAUGCUAAAUAUUGUACAAAGGUUGUUCACAGUUCCAAUUUAAAUGAUAGCCCAAGAACUUGUAACUCAGAAGAAUGUGAAAAUGUUGACGUCGAGGAUGCUGUCACCCCAAAGUCUGAUUGCUGUAAAGAAGACAAAAUACAAAGCAUUGGCCUUGAAUAUGGAGGUGUGCAUACUAAUAUACAUGAAUCUCGCGUUGAACUCAAUUGCAAACACAAUCCCGAUGACAGUGGUGAAACACAUAAUAAUGCUCAGCUUGUAGAAGUUGUAGAAGACGACUUCGACACAGUAGACCGUGAUUUUGAUUCUUCUAUGCAUUCUCCCCUUUCUACUUUGACCUUUUCUGGGUCAAACCACAGUAGUCCUCGUGAACAGGACUUAAUUCCGGAUGAAUCUCCACUGUGUUCAGAUAUUCCUAAACCAAUGCAUAUUCCACCAUGCGUCUCGAUCCGGAAUGCAGAAAAUAUGUUGGUAAACAACAUUGAUAGAAGAAGCACAAUGCUCUUAAGAGAUCCAAGUACUAUUCAGUUUAGUGAUGUAGGAGAUGUUGAUCUAAAAGAGGACAGCGAAGUGAUAAUUGAAAAGUCAGGAGAUAACGACAACUGCGAAGCUGGUGAUAUGGACCCACCUAUACAAGCAAUGGGAAGCGAUGUGCCAAUUAAGGUUGGAAUACCACAGAAUACGAUUGAAGGCGCUAUUGCAGUGGGGAGUAACGAGUUCAUAGGAAAUGGGAACCUCCCUUUAGAACUACAGGAAGAUUAUUGGGAUGUGAGUUUAAUUUGCCUUGAUGAAGAUGAGAAAAAUGCUAGGAAGUUUGCCAGGGAAUUCGAGAAACGGUGUCAAGUAAAAAGCGAACGACCCAUAAGUGUUCGUUUUUCGUGCGAGCUGCUUUGUCAAGAUCUGUUCGAGCAACUGAACGUCUUGUUAGAAAGAGGGUCUAUUAUUUUACUUUAUAUGACAUAUGACUUUAUCAAGAACAGACUUGCUACAUAUAAGACUCACACAGCAUUGUAUGAAAGUCUAACUAAUAAAGGAAGAUGCGGUAGUCUUAUUCCAAUCUUUUACGAAACCCCCAGAAAAAACUUGGAUAUACCGACAGAAUUGCGUGUGUUGACCGGCACAAAUUGGGAAAAAGAACCCCAUCGCGAUAAUCUCGUGAGGACAUGCCUGGAAAAAACUGCUGUAACAGAUGAAAACAUGAAAGAGCUUGAAGAUAAGCGGGAAGUUGCAAGGGCAGAAAUCCGCCUUAGGUACGAUGAACAAGAAAAGGAAAAACAAAAACAAUUAAUCAGAAUAAAAUUGGAGAGGAAAGCUCGUCUCAAUGAACAAUGACAUGUCGCCAAACAUACCAUAUACGAGAAGAAGCAGGGGGGAAGGUACCAUGAAAACAUGGCUUAAAUUGCUAAAAAAUAGUGUGUUCUGUCAUAGCCUUUGGACUCCAUUUUGUAUGGAAUUCAAUACUAGUAUUGCAAUGAAAGGAAGGCUAUUUAGUGAAUAUUACGCUUUUUAUGCAGAUACUUUGUAUAAAUGUACCCUGCGAGCAUAGUCUAGUUAUAAACUAAGACGAAGCUCUCUUUUAAGAAGUGAAGUCGAACGAAUGUAAAGAGUACUAUAAAUGUACAUGCUCCUUCCAAAUGUUCGGACCUAUUAUAAAGCAAUAUUUGUGUCUAUGGUCACUGGGGG